CUCUCUCUUCUCUUGUUCUUCUUCUUCAUCUUCAUCUUUAUCGCGCCUAAAAAAAAAAACCUUCCUUUUCUCUUUAAUGGCGUGAUUGAUCUUCUCCCCCUUGUAAAAAACUCCAGUCUUUCUCUUCAAACAGUCUCUUUUAAAUCUCCGGUUUUUCUUUUUCUUCCUUCGUUAUCUAACCAUGGCGUUUCUUCUGUUUUUGUUUCUCUUCUUCUCUGUUUCGCGUUCCGCCAUCGUUGAUCUAAGCUCAGAAACGACUUCUUUGAUCUCCUUUAAGCUCUCACUCGAAAACCCAUAUCGUCUUUCUUCAUGGAACGUUUCGUCUUCCUCGUCGUCUCACUGUGCUUGGGAAGGCGUUACGUGUUUGUUCGGACGAGUCUACUCGCUCUCUCUGCCUUCAAUGUCUCUCAAAGGCCAUCUCUCUCCUUCUCUCUUCUCCCUCCCGUCUCUCUCCGUCCUAGACUUGUCCGGAAACUCCCUCUCCGGCCAGAUUCCGGAGGAGAUUUCAAGUUUGAAGAACCUUAAAGUGCUUUGUCUAGCUCGAAACCACUUCUCCGGUAUGAUUCCGUCUGAAAUUGGGAAACUGAAACAGCUUCAAACCCUAGACCUCUCUGGAAACUCCCUCACGGGACACCUCCCGAGUCGACUCAGCGAGUUGCCUCAGCUUCUCUACCUUGACCUAAGUGACAACCACUUCUCAGGUUCGCUUUCUCCGUCCUUCUUCCUCAGCUUCCCUGCACUCUCUUCACUCGACGUCUCCAACAACUCACUCUCCGGCAAAAUCCCUCCAGAAAUUGGGAAAUUGAGUAAUCUCUCCGAUCUUUACAUGGGACUCAACUUGUUCUCCGGUCGAAUCCCGCCGGAGAUUGGUAACAUCUCGUUGCUGAAGAACUUUGUUGCACCUUCUUGCUUCUUCAUGGGGCCGUUACCAAAUGAGAUAUCCAAGCUGAAACACUUAGCAAAGCUCGACCUUUCUUACAACCCACUCGAGUGUUCAAUCCCCAAAUCAUUCGGAGAGCUGCAGAAUCUGAGUAUACUGAAUCUCGUCUCCGCUGAGCUUGACGGAAUGAUCCCUCCAGAGCUUGGUAAUUGUAAAAGCCUCAAGACACUGAUGCUUUCUUUCAAUUCUCUCUCUGGUUCUUUGCCAUCUGAGCUUUCAGAUAUUCCUCUGUUGACGUUUUCUGCUGAAAGGAAUCAGCUUUCAGGUUCAUUGCCUUCUUGGAUAAGCAAAUGGAAGAAACUGGACUCACUUCUGUUGGCUAACAAUCGGUUUUCAGGAAAAAUCCCUCGUGAGAUUGGAGAUUGUCCAAUGUUAAAGCAUCUCAGUCUAGCUAGCAACUUGUUAACUGGUUCGAUUCCUAGGGAGCUUUGUGGUUCAGGUUUGUUGGAGGAGAUUGAUCUCUCUGGGAAUUUUCUCUCGGGAACAAUUGAGGAGGUCUUCGUUGGAUGUUCGUCUCUUAUAGAGUUGAUUCUUACUAAUAAUCAGAUCAAUGGCUCUAUUCCUGAGGAUCUUUCGAAGCUUCCACUGAUGGCACUUGACUUGGAUUCCAACAACCUCACAGGAGAAAUCCCAACGAGUCUCUGGAGAUCAACGAACUUGAUGGAGUUCUCAGCUUCUUAUAACCGUCUAGAAGGUUAUUUGCCUGCAGCGAUUGGCAAUGCAGCUUCACUGACGCGGCUGGUUCUCAGUGAUAAUCAGUUAAAAGGUGAAAUCCCAAGGGAGAUUGGAAAACUUACAUCUUUGUCUGUCCUGAAUCUGAAUUCAAACAUGCUUCAAGGGAAGAUACCAAACGAGCUCGGUGACUGUACUUCUUUGACAACAUUGGAUCUUGGCAACAACAAUCUCCAAGGACAGAUUCCAGACAGAAUUACUGGUCUUGCUCAGCUUCAAUGCCUGGUUCUCUCUUACAACAAUCUCUCGGGGUCGAUUCCAUCAAAACCGUCUUCUUAUUUCCAUCAGACAGACAUACCUGAUCUGAGCUUUCUUCAGCACCAUGGGAUAUUUGAUCUCUCCUUCAACCAAUUGACUGGUCCUAUACCAGAAGAACUUGGCGACUGUGUGGUAGUGGUAGAGAUUUUACUGAGCAACAACCAUCUCUCCGGAGUAAUCCCAGCUUCACUCUCUCGUUUGACCAACCUCACAAUUCUGGAACUAUCUGGAAAUUCCCUUACCGGCUCCAUUCCAGAGGAGAUAGGUCACUCUCCUAAGUUGCAGGGGUUAAACUUGGCGAAUAAUCAGCUCAAUGGCCAUAUACCGGAAAGCUUUGGCCUUUUAGGUAGCUUGGUGAAGCUAAACUUGACAAGUAACCAGCUGGAUGGAUCGGUUCCUGCUUCUCUUGGGAACUUGAAAGAGGUUACACACAUGGACUUGAGUAUUAAUAAGCUAAGUGGUGAGCUUCCAUCGGCACUGUCUCAGAUGCUCAAACUCGUAGGCCUUUACAUUGAACAGAACAAUUUCAGUGGAGAAAUCCCUUCGGAUCUUGGUAACCUUACGCAGCUUGAGUACUUUGAUGCUUCUGAGAAUAGGCUAUCUGGAGAGAUACCAACAAAGAUCUGUGGAUUGCCUAAUUUGGUUUUCUUGAAUCUAGCCAAGAAUAAACUGGGAGGAGAGGUACCGAGAGAUGGUGUUUGCCAGGAUCCUUCCAAGGCAUUGCUUUCAGGGAACAAAGAGUUGUGUGGCAGAGUGAUUGGAUCAGAUUGCAAGAUCGAUGGAAGCAAGUUGAUGACUGCUUGGGGACUUGCAGGAAUCAUUCUUGGGUGUACAAUCAUCAUCUUUGUGUUUGUUUUCUCUCUGUGCAAAUGGGUUAUGACAAAGAGAGUGAAGCAAAGAGAUGAUCCAGAGAGAAUGGAGGAAAGCAGGUUAAAAGGGUUUGUUGAUCAAAACCUCUACUUCUUAAGUGGAAGCAGGUCAAGAGAGCCUUUAAGCAUCAACAUUGCCAUGUUCGAGCAGCCACUUCUCAAGGUGAGUCUUGCAGAUAUAGUGGAGGCAACCGAUCACUUCUGUAAGAAGAACAUUAUAGGAGACGGUGGUUUUGGGACAGUUUACAAAGCUUGUUUACCCGGUGGGAAAACAGUAGCGGUCAAGAAGCUAAGCGAAGCCAAAACUCAGGGAAACCGUGAAUUCAUGGCAGAAAUGGAGACUCUAGGGAAAGUGAAGCAUCCGAAUCUGGUGUCUUUGCUUGGGUAUUGCUCUUUCAGCGAAGAGAAACUUCUUGUGUAUGAGUACAUGGUAAAUGGGAGCUUGGACCACUGGUUAAGGAACCAAACUGGGAUACUAGAAGUACUAGACUGGUCCAAACGCCUCAAAAUCGCGGUUGGAGCGGCAAGAGGACUAGCAUUCCUGCAUCAUGGCUUCAUCCCACACAUCAUACACAGGGAUAUCAAAGCAAGCAACAUUCUGUUGGACAGUGACUUCGAGCCUAAGGUUGCAGAUUUUGGGUUAGCUAGACUGAUCAGCGCGUGUGAGACUCACGUGAGCACAGUAAUCGCGGGGACGUUUGGGUAUAUCCCACCUGAAUAUGGUCAGAGCGCACGAGCCACAACCAAGGGAGACGUGUACAGUUUCGGGGUGAUAUUGCUGGAGCUGGUCACAGGGAAAGAGCCGACGGGUCCAGACUUUAAAGAGAGUGAAGGAGGGAACUUGGUAGGUUGGGUGAUGCAGAAGAUAAACAAAGGGAAAGCUGUGGAUGUUCUAGAUCCGCUGGUUGUAUCGAUGACACUGAAGCACUCCAUGCUUCGUCUGCUUCAGAUCGCUGUGCUCUGUCUUGCUGAAACGCCAGCAAAUCGCCCGACCAUGCUUGAUGUGUUGAAGGCCCUCAAGGAAAUAUAAAGCGUUGUUGUCGUUGUUUCUUGUGUCAGUGUUUCUUGUUGUUCAAGUAACUGUAGUGCUAACCGAAAAGCGAAGUGCGUGUAGGGUUUGUAAUGAUAAUGUGUAACCUCCGAAUACCUCAGGAAACCAAACUUUUUCAAUUCGCAAGCCA